AUGGACACCUCCUACCCACGGGAGGACUACCUGCCCACGGGGUCCCACAAGCGGGGCCCGUCUCACACCGUCUCCCCACCGCCACGCGACCACCUCGUCUGGUCCAUCUUCAACACCAUCUACAUGAACUUCUGCUGUCUCGGCUUCGUGGCGCUCGCCUUCUCCGUCAAG